AUGACAGUCAUUUCAGUCCCAGAUAUUGCAGCCAGAGCCAAAGCCGCCUUUGACACGGCGCAGGCUACUCUGCCCGCCGGACAAGCAGCCGACGACGCAAGGAAUGAAGCACUGUCAUUGAUCAGGCGCAAACUCGUCGAGAGCGAGCCCGAUGUCAAGGCGGCCAACGCCAAGGAUGUAGCAGUGAGUACUGAUACUGAGGGCUCGUGUACUUCAAGAGCACUGACUUCCCUCCUUGCCCGCUCGACAAAGGCUGCGAAGGAAGCCGUCUCUGCCGGCAAGCUCUCCCCGCAGCUUCUGGCCAGGCUCGAUUUGUUCGUCAAGAAUAAGUGGAACGAUAUGUUGGAAGGCAUCUCUUCUGUCGCAGCCCUCGAAUCGCCUUUGGACAAGUGCCUCUGGGCCAAGAGGCUGGCAGCGCCCCAUCGCGAAUCUGGUGCUGGGGAACUAGACCUGUACAGGUUGACGUGCCCCAUCGGCGUGCUGCUGUGCAUCUUUGAAGCUCGUCCGGAAGUCGUCGUCAACAUCGCCACCCUCGCUCUCAAGUCUGGCAACGCAGCCAUCCUCAAAGGCGGCAAGGAGUCCACUCAUACCUCUACCUUGCUCGCCAGACUCGUCUCGGAAGCGCUUAGCGAGUCCAAACUCCCUGCGGACUUGAUUCAGUCCGUCGAGAGUCGAGAGCAGGUCGCGGAGCUGCUAACAGAAGACAAGUACGUCGACCUGGUGAUCCCAAGAGGUAGCAAUGAGCUCGUUCGUUCUAUUCAGCGGGAUGCUAGGAUGCCGGUGAUGGGUCACGCAGAUGGCUUAUGCGCAGCCUACGUGCAUUCGGAUGCCGUGGAGGAGAGCACAAUCAAGGGCGUUGUGGACUCGAAGGUGAGUGUGUGACGGUGUCGUACUGAAAGUGAGUAUUGGUGCCCAAAUGGCUCAAUACCCAUCUGCAUGUCCUCGCAGAUCGAUUAUCCCGCUGCAUGCAACGCAGUCGAGACCUUGUUGGUGCAUCGGUCCCAGCUCACCAAGCUCUGGCCGGCUCUAGCGACCGCUCUCCUUGAUGCCAACGUCGAGCUAAGGUGCGAUCCGGAGUCCCUCGAGGCGCUCGACAAGGUUCCGGGGAUCGCUCCCCGAGCUCAGCAAGUCAAGGUGGCCGUCCCCGGAGACUUUUACACUGAAUUCCUUGAUCUCAAGCUGGCGGUCAAGACUGUCAGCACUGUUCAGGAGGCCAUCGAGCACAUCAACACGCAUGGCUCGCAUCACACAGAUGCAAUCUUCUGCAGCCCUCUUGCUUCGCCGUCGAACCCGACAACCUCCGCUGCUGCUGUCAACGGUCAUUCCUCCACGCAGACGCAAGAGCACGAAGCAGCGUCGCAGUUCACACGCGCAGUCUCGAGCGCCAAUGUCUUCGUCAAUUGCAGCACUCGCUUUGCUGAUGGGUUCCGAUUCGGUCUCGGUACAGAAGUCGGCAUCAGCACAGGCAAGACCCACGCUCGAGGCCCCGUAGGCUUGGAGGGUCUCGUCAUCUACAAAUACGUCGCUCGAGCUUCAGGAAGCGGACCUCAUACCGCUUCCAGCUUCUCCGACCGUACACGCUCGUUUGCACACAGUGCCCUCGAGCAGGAGUAUCCUGCUUUCGAUUUGCCGCGUCCUCCUGCACAGACAGCGCCCAAUAACGCUGCAGUCAACGCUGCUCCUCACCUGACCGAUUCCCUGUCGAAAAGCUCAUCGGAGCCGUAUCUCUACUCGCAAGAUGUGCACGUUGCAGGAUACGAGCCUCUGAUUCCGCCUACGCUGCUACUGCAUGAGACUCCGCUCACCGAAGAGGCGAGAAGGACUAUCGCUCGAGGUCGAGGAGAAGCCAGCGCCGUCAUCUCCGGCAAAGAUGAUCGUUUGCUUGUCGUCGUCGGGCCUUGCUCCAUUCACAGCCCUGAAGAGGCUCUGGAUUACGCCAAGCGCCUCAAAGAUGCCAUGCCACAGUGGCCUGGCUUGGUUGUCGUCAUGCGCGCUUACUUUGAGAAGCCACGCACCACCGUUGGAUGGAAGGGUCUAAUUAACGACCCCGACAUCAACGGCAGCUUCCAGAUCAAUCGCGGACUCAAGGUGAGUGCAUUCCUUGCAAGUGUCGUCGCUCUUUGCUGAGUGCUCGUCCUACCCUUGCUUUUCUACUGCCUGUAGAUCGCUCGCCAGCUGCUCAUUGAGCUGACAAGCCGAGGUGUGCCUGUGGCUUGCGAGGUACUCGACACUAUCUCUCCGCAGUACACCUCAGAUCUGUACUCCUGGGGCGCCAUUGGUGCAAGGACGACAGAGUCUCAAUUGCAUCGUGAGCUAGUCUCAGGUCUCUCCAUGCCCAUUGGGUUCAAGAACGGUACCGACGGAGGACCGCAAGUGGCACUGGAUGCCAUUAGGGCUUCUGCGCAACCGCACGCAUUCAUGGGUGUCACCGCUCAAGGUCUGGCCGCUAUCGUCCGCACCACCGGCAAUGCCGAUCUGCACAUCAUCCACCGAGGUGGUGGUGGCAAGACGAAUUACGAUGCUGCUGCGAUCAGGAAGAGUGCGGAUGCUAUGUCGGCACAAGGCAGACAACCAAGCAUCAUGGUCGACUGCUCGCACGGCAACAGUCAAAAGGAUCACCGCAAACAGGCGUUAGGCGUUCAAGCUAGUGAGCGUGGACGUGCUCAUUCAUUUCUCUUUGCGCCUUGUGGCUGACCUUUCCAUGACCCCGCCUCGCUCGCAGUUUGUGAACAGCUCCAAGCAGGUGAGCGAGCAAUCACUGGUGUCAUGAUCGAAAGCAAUCUGGGAGAGGGCAAUCAGAAAAUGCCAGCGAAUGGAGACCUCUCCUCGCUCAAGCGAGGCGUGAGCCUUACGGAUGCUUGCAUCGAUUGGGACACCACCGUCAAGCUUCUACAACAGCUUAACGAAGCUGUGCUUGCAAGGCGGAAGCUUUCAAAGGCUUCCUCUUGA